CUGCCGCUCCUCUCUUCCACUUGGGCUAGCGCGUCUCCCACCAUCGCCCCUCCCUCCCUCGCUUGAUUCUUCACAUCGUUCCCAUUUUCCACUGAGCUUUCUCAUCACCCUGCAGUAGUGACCUGUCCAUUGUUCUCUCUUUCCCACCGCUCUGCCGCGCCUGCUGCGAUGGCCAUGGCAAUGGCGGCCUGUUCAUCCCUGGCUGCAGCAGCAGCCGCAGCAGCUUCUUCUACUUCUUCUUCUUCCGUCUCGGUGGUCCAAUCCCCGUCCCCAGCUUGCCAGCUGCGAGGCUUCCCCUGCUUGAUGCAGACCAGCUCCCACCGACGGUCAUGUACCCGACUAAGGAGUUUCCAAAGGUACAUUGGCACUCGGUCGUCGCUCUCAGAAACUCAAGCCCCAAUCGGAGCACGAGCUGGAGUGCAGUAUUUGGAUCAGGAGGAAGCCAAGAAAAUGGUUUCUGAAGAAGGCUACACCGUCGUUGACAUCCGAGAUGGUUCGCAGUAUGAUCGCUCUCACAUUGCCAAGAGUGUACACGUACCUCUUUUCAUUGCAAAUGAAGACAUGGAUCCUGGAACUCUCAUCAAGAAGUUCGCCCAUAACAGCUUUGCGGGAGCCUUUUAUGGGUUAGCGUUCACUAAGGAGAACGACGACUUUCUUCCAACAUUUGAGCGUCAGUUUAAGAAAGACGACAAGAUCUUGCUUGUUUGCCAAGAAGGACUUAGAUCCGGUGCUGCUGCUGAGAAAUUAGAAGAGGCAGGUUAUCAGAAUGUAGCAUAUCUCAUGAACGGGUUGCAGAAGGUGCAACCAGGUACAUUUGAGAAGGAGGGACCCAAGGAGUUAGCCGACGCAGGCAAAGCAGGUCUCGUUACAAUCCAACAACCAUUCUCGGUUGUCCUUGGAUCACUUCUUAUAUUGGCACUCCUCUUCUUGCAAUUUUUCCCCGACCAAUCACAGCAAAUACUUAAAGCUUUCAUGACGCAGUGAGUCAACUGCCCCAAUUCAAAUGGGUUAUUCUUUGAGAACCAGCAUGGUGUCAACAGACGGUCGACCUCCGAGAUUAUGAAUCUACCCUUCCUAUGGUAAUGGAGCCAACUAUUCUGUGUGCAGUAGUUCUUUACUACAGUAUAUAAGGAAGCAUGUACGAUUAAGACUCAAGCAGAUAAUUGAAGGCACCGCAGCUUUUUGGGGGGUUUUUUCAGAGUUGCUCCUGUUUG